AUGCGACGGACAAGAUGGGGAACCGUUAAAGGAAAGUUGGAACGAGAAGGAAGAAUAGAGUGGGAACGGAAACAACAACUGAAUAAAGAGGUGAAAUACAUUACCUUAACUCAAGACGGCACAGGGACACGCCUUCUCAGAAUUACCAUUGAAGCAGUUGAAGCUAGCUUACGGCUAAUUCUAGGAAUGCAUGGAAGAAAACGCAGAUUGCAUGCUUAA